GAGGUUUCCUUUCACUUUUCAUCAUAAGUUUUGGCUUGAAGUCAACGUAGCUGUAAAUGCUGGCUCGCAGCUCCUUUCUCGUCUUUAAACGCCUCCAACUUCCUACAGAAAAUGGAGGAAAUGUGUGCAGCCGUUGCUUUGUGUUUUCACCUAUGUUUGGAUGCAGCUAGCUAACUCGGCUAGCUUCAGUCGAAUUACUCCUGCAGAACUUUGUGAAAUGUUGUAUUUUACUCUGUAGCAUUGCAUUAUGGUGCGUGCUAUCGUGUUAUAUUUUCUUACGUUUUGUGUGGGUAACAUCGAUCCCCGUGAUGCCGAACGUUCUACCCUUCACUGAGGAACACUCAAACCCUGCCAUGCUCUUGUCUCCUGAUAUGUAAAUAAUUUGUGUGGUUGGUAAAGCAUGAGAGCAGCAUCUUCUCCACACAGCAAAGUGCUUUACAGAAGAAUACCUGGAAGGAAGUGUUAGGAUAACAAGAAAAGGAAACAUCGAAACUUUUGGUGGCCACAGGUGAGGAGAGCGCAGGAGUGAGGAGAGGAGGAGUUGGGGAUGGGGUUGAAGAGCCAAAAGAGGACGUCAUGGUUCACAGCGGCUCUGCAUCCCCAAUGAAAACAACGCCAUCAGCAUCACCCCAUCUAACCAUUCCUACUACAGCACCUCCUCUGCAAGCGGCUCCCAUAGCGCCCCCUCCCAGAGACAUUACAGACCAGGAUCUCACCCAAACCCCAGCCAAACUCCUCACCACAGACCUUACCUCUAACUCAGACUUGACCCAGCCCUCUUCCCUGACUUCUGCUGAUGCUGUUGUAACCCCAGCUAAAGCUCUCUCUCCUGACUCCAGCCCAGCAUCAGCUCGGUCCUCUACUCAGACACCAACCCCUGUUCAAGCCCCGGUCAAUGGCCGCACAUCAGGCAGGAAGAGAACUCCUAAAGCGUGUGACUGCUGUGGCCCUAACAGUACAGGACACAAUGUCAGAAUACCAGGAAGAGGGAGGGCAAGAGGGAGGGGGAGAGCACGGGGAAGGGGUGCUGGUAGUAAUGGCUUUGACACCCCAAAAAGAGACUUGGGCAGCCAGCUGACGCAAAUCAACAGUUUUGAUUUGUCUGAGGAGAAAGUGGUGGAAGCAGAGGAUGAAGAUGAGGAGGUGCAGACGACUCCACAAGUGUCUAAGAGUCAGGCACAGAUGCCUGUUGACCUCCCUGUCAUGGUCUCCCUGCAGGAUGGACCAAUCAAGAACUUUUCUUCUUCAGAAAAAGAGGAUGUGCAGGAAAAGGAGGAAUUUUCAAUAGAAGAGACACAGGUUACUGGUGCUAGAGGGAAAGAUAGUGGCGAUAGUAAGGAUGUAGAGAUGAGAUUUACGGAAAUUUCAACAAGGGGAGCACUAGCAGGUAGAAGUAGAGGAAGAGGGAGAGGAGGAAGAAAAUAUGUGGGGGUUACAUCUGCAUCUAAAAAGGAGGUAGAUGAAGGAAUAAAAAGGGGAGUUUUAGGUGGGGUUGACUUCCGUUUUAAAUCAUUUAUCAUACCUCGAUCAAUGCUAACACAGAGGCAGGCGAUGCUGACAGAUGUACAGAAAGAUCUUGACCCCAUAAAAGUUAAAUCACCGUUUGGAAAUGGAGACACAGUGGACCUCUCUGACACAGACUCUGAAGAGGAGGCAAAGAUGGGCAGCAUUGCUGUUAAUGAGAUGGGAAAUGGACUGCUGCCUGGCUCGCAGCAACCAGAGCCACCACUGGACCUGGACUCUGACAUGCAGGUGGACCUGACCCCUGACAAAACAAACUCAGGAUCUGAAUCAGUAACACUUUCCAAUGGAGACAUCUUCAUGCAGACAAAUGAUGACUACGGUUGCACACUAAUGGAGGUGGAGACUUCUCCCCAUCCAGUGAAGGUUGCUCCUGUUUACCUCGGCCCCAUUACAGUAACCAGCAAGCAGCACUGCUGCGCUUUAAGAGACCACUGGCUGUACUGCCAGACUGGAACCUGGGAGAAAGAGGCCUUGGCGGAAGAACUGGGACCAGAAGCAGAUGAGAAGAUAAGGGAUGAAGAAAACCAGGAGAAACUGACUGAUAUUAUCCAUGAGUUUCUUGAGAGCUUCUACAUUAAGUACGGUGGAUUCAUCCCGCUCACUGAGAUGGAUGUGCUGGAAUAUCUGAAAGAGAAAGGAAACUCUGACCUCAGCGACAGGGGAGUGGAUGUCAAAGCACAGAUGAGUCGGUACAGGGCGGCGCUGGCCUCUGCUCCUGUCGCUGGAUUUAUGGUGACCUAUAACAAACACACGUUGAGCCUGGAGGAUCUCGGCACGCUGGAGGAACAGAACUGGCUUAAUGACCAGAUUAUCAACAUGUAUGGAGAGCUCAUCAUGGAGGCCACACAACACAAGGUUCAUUUCUUCAACAGUUUUUUCCAUAAGCAGCUCGUUGCCAAGGGUUAUGAUGGCGUGAAGAGAUGGACUAAGAAAGUUGACCUGUUCUCCAAGACGCUGUUGUUAAUUCCCAUCCAUUUAGAAAUCCACUGGUCCCUUGUCACAGUAACCAUGGCAACCAAAACCAUCAGUUACUACGACAGCCAAGGCAUCGUUUUCAGGCACACCACAGAUAACAUCUUGAAGUAUAUUCUGUCUGAAGCAAAAGAGAAGAAACAAGCAGGUUUCCAGAAGGGCUGGAAGAUUACCAUCAUCAAGGGGAUUCCUCAGCAGAAAAAUGACAGUGACUGUGGCGUUUUUGUCCUUGAGUACUGCCGCUGUCUCUCCAUGAAGCAGCCUCUGAAGUUCAGUCAGGAGGACAUGCCUCAAAUACGCAAGAGAAUCUACAAGGAGCUGUGCAACUGUCACCUCAAUGACUGAAGGACUGAAUGAUGGUCAUCUUCUCUCACUGACUGAGACGUCCGUUCAAGUCUGUCAGGAGUCCUGUUAUAAUGUCAGCCUCUUACAUAAGCUAACCCACCCUGGCCAUCUGAAAGCCACGGAGCCCUGACUACGUGUUAAGGGGCAGGUCACUCCGAUUUUUUGUGACUUUUGGAGGUUAAUAACAGCCUUUAGCAAAGCAGAUUCUAACUUGCAAAGGACUACUGAUGUCGGCCCCUACUGACCUACAAAAGUGCUGGACCCAGUAUGCUAUAGGUUGUUUUUACAUUUGCAAACCCGCGGUGUAUUUCAGCCACCUGUAAGGACUCAAGUGAUUUCAGACUUUGAAGGCAAAGGCUUGAUCUGCCUGGACCACUGGGACAGAGCUUCCAUCUCAACUGGAGUGGCCUUACCUUGUGGACGGACAUUUUACCCCUUGAUGACAUUUUUAUGUUUGUUUUAUGCUGGGCUCUGCAGCGGUGUCAUGCUAACUGUUAUUUGCUUGUUUUUCUAACGUGUUAAUAAAGGUAGGACGCUCAAAUCAGCGGACCAGCUGUUCACGUAAAACUUGAAGGUUUCAUUUAGUCUCUUGGACUACAGAUACUUGCACCGUGAGUGGCCGUUCUAUUGAAGAGAUAUCAACUGAAUGUACUGAUCCCGUAUUCUUCCUGGCUGCAUCAGAAAGUUGGACAUUUAGCACCAUACUGGCUAAUUAUACACUUUGACUGUGGCCUGAAACAGGGAUAUUAUUUAAAGGUUAGUUUUUUGUUCAAAGCGUGAGGUUUUUGACACCUUACUCAUGAUUUCUUACUUUAAUUCCACUUUUGUCACCUCAUUAUUUCCUGAUUUUUCUUUAUGGUUUUGCCGUGUCCCACCCAGGUUUUGCACAAGUGUUUUUCCAGCCGUUUGAUAAAAGUUCACAUUUGGAUCCAUCAGUUUGAGCUGGGACUCAUGCUGGUUGCAAAGCUUUUAACUGGCUACUGAUGUGAGGACCACUGUCUUGAUUAUAGCCAAGCAUUUUUUUGUUUUAAUAACUUUCUGCUGUCAGGCCUACUUCUUCAUAUGGAUGCAUUCACACAGGUGCAGAGAAUCAUUGUUACAGAGUGACCUCCUCUAACAGUGAAACAAGUGGACCUCAGCUAUUUCGAUUAAUUCCUCUGUUCAACCUGAAUUUUCUUGUUUUAUUCACGAAUCACACACACACAUAUAUAUAUAUAUAUAUAUAUAUAUAUAUUUGCAGACUGUAUUGUAAUUUUACUGGCCUACUACUGUACACAGUUGCUUUGGCUGAAAACCACAGAGGUUUCUGGACUGUUUUUAUUGUUCUUAUUAAAGGCCAAUAAUGCUGGAAAAUACUGAUACUGUUUUUCACCUCAGGGCCACUGAAUGAGAAUGCACCAUGGAGACAAACACGAUCAGAAAAAUGCUGGCAAUACCCUUGGAAUGAUAACCCGUGUACACAACUGUGUCCCAAUUCAGGAACUGCAUCCUUAGGAGGGUGUAUUUGAAGACUGGUUACAUUGCAGUAGCGUGUAGAAGGCUGAUUUUGAAGAUUCCCAAAUGUGGCCCACAAAUAUGUCCUCCUUUCAGAAUCAGCUUUAUCGGCCAAGUAUGAUCACAGCAAGGAAUUUGACUCAUUUGCUUUAGUUUCAGUGUACAGGAAUUAAACAUUAAAUAUAACAAAAGUCUAAGAUAUUAAGAUUUAAAUAUGUACAAGCUCUUGUAGGUAUUUUUCUAGAAUACAAGUCUGUGCAUUGAUAAUAUGUUUGCAAGAUUUGCAAAAGGUGCAAGGAUGCUGACUAGACAUGACUAUCAGAAGUAUACAGUGAUGUGGGUGAUAAGAUAAUUAAAGAUAGCUGGUUAGUGUAAAUUUGCAUAUGUGGUGAAGCAUUUUACCACAGAGGGCCUUCUUACAAUGUUUACAGUGAAUAUAUUUAUAACUUACAGCAUAUGAGUUUCGUAAAUAGAUUAAAUUAGUAAUUUGUACACUAAAUAGAUUAAUUAGUGCAAAUGUGCAUAUGAGGUGAGCCAUUUUACCACAAUAAGCUUUUCUUGAGAUUCAGUAAAGCAGUAAAAAGACAUUGCAGGAUGUUUAACAUUUAGUAGGGGCAAGGUGAUUAUUAGAUAUAAGGUUCAUUUACUGACAGUCUGAUUGUUCAGAGUGACCUAUCUAAACAUAUUCUACAGAUAUUCAAUAUGCUUAAAAAUUAGAUCAAGAUUGUGGUGUUUGGUUUUUUAAACUGUGUGGCAGAUAUGAUUUAAACCCUAUUUUAUACAUUUUUCUUAUUAGUCUUAUAUUUCAAAGUCUUGAUGAUUGAUUACUUGAUGAUUAAGGUCAUUUAAGGGAUUUUU